AUGACACGCGCAACACAGCACAUCUCGCUCCUCUUCAUCCUCUCCUCGGUGUACCUCGCCGCCUUCCUGGAGCUGAUCCCGUUCCCGGCCAAGAUCCAAACCGAAAUCAUCCCCGUCCUUCCGUUCUGGGUCAUCGUCAGCUUCGGCGCCUACCUCCUGUUCUCGCUCGGAAUGGGCGUGCUCACGUUCAAGGACACCGAGAGCGCGUACGAUGAGCUCGUCUCGGAGAUCGAUCUGGCUAAGCGGGACCUCCGGGCGAGGGGCGUGACGGUGGAUUAG